UAUUUAUUGCCCUCGAUCUCUCUCCACUACCUCUACUCAUAUUAUAUGAAUCCACACUUUUCAUUUGCGUCAGUACUGCCUCACUCUUCUUCUUCUUCUUCGAUCACUUAGCUUCUAGCUCUUCGUUUCUAUCACUUUCCGAACAAAAAACCAGAUCAACAUGGUGAUCCAGGUUUCCUCUAUAUCUGAUGUAUAUAGCUAGCUAGAGACUCAUUUUCGUCUAUAAAUCUGAUCUGGGUUUUGUUUCCCAGUCCAUUUUGAUCUGGGUUUUGCCUCUCUCACACAUGUUUUGCAAGUUCUAGCUCGAGCUUGCAUUUCUACUGGGGUUAAGUUUGGUCCUUUCCAAUUGAGUUGGGGUUCAUUUUCUGUCAUCUGGGUUUAGCCAGGAGUUGUCUUCAAGUGUGGUCGUAAUCAGUAAGCUCAGAUGGAGGCGCUAACUGCUUUAAUGGUCUUAACGGCUCUGGCGGCGUAUUUAUGUUGGUUCAAGAUCAUCACACGGUCCAUGAGAGGUCCACGUGUCUGGCCGGUAUUCGGCAGCCUCCCCGGCCUCAUUCAGAACUCGAACCGCAUGCACGACUGGAUCGCAGACAACCUCCGCACGUGCGGCGGCACGUACCAGACCUCCAUAUGUGCCAUCCCCUUCCUCGCUCGGAAGCAGGGACUGGUGACCGUCACGUGCGACCCCAAGAACCUGGAGCACAUUCUCAAGCUCCGGUUCGACAAUUACCCCAAGGGUCCUACUUGGCAAGCUGCGUUCCAUGAUUUGCUUGGAGAGGGCAUCUUCAACUCCGAUGGUGACACGUGGCUGUUUCAGCGCAAGACCGCUGCACUGGAGUUCACCACCCGCACGCUCCGCCAAGCCAUGGCUCGGUGGGUGAGCCGAGCCAUCGAGCAGAGGUUCUGCCCGAUUCUCGAGGCGGCUCAGAACGAGGCCAAGCCGGUCGACCUUCAAGAUCUCUUGCUUCGGCUCACCUUCGACAAUAUAUGCGGUCUAGCUUUCGGGAAGGACCCGCAAACUUUGUCUCCGGGACUUCCCGAAAACGGCUUUGCCACGGCUUUCGACGGGGCGACUGAAGCCACGCUGCAACGAUUGAUUUUGCCCGAGGUUAUAUGGAAGUUCAAGAAAUGGCUCAGGCUUGGAAUGGAAGCCAGCAUGAGUCACAACCUUCACCACGUGGACGAUUACUUGUCCAAUAUAAUCAAUAGACGUAAACUCGAGCUGGCCAAUCUGCAACAAGGUUUGGACGGGACCCCACAUGAUGACUUGUUAUCCAGAUUCAUGAAGAAAAAAGAAUCCUACUCGGACACAUUUCUUCAACAUGUGGCACUCAACUUCAUCCUAGCUGGACGUGACACGUCAUCGGCCGCACUUAGCUGGUUCUUCUCUCUGAUCACUCAAAACCCAGGAGUGGAAGAAAAAAUCAUUUCUGAAAUAUGCACCGUUCUGAUGGAGACACGUGGCAAAGACAUUUCAAAGUGGGUGAAAGAACCCCUAGUGUUUGAGGAAGUUGACCGAUUGACGUACCUCAAGGCAGCCCUGUCGGAAACUCUAAGGCUUUACCCAUCUGUGCCACAAGAUUUCAAGCACACAAUCAACGAUGAUGUUUUGCCCGAUGGAACUUUCGUGCCCGCGGGCUCUUCGGUUACAUAUUCCAUAUACGCAAUCGGGCGCAUGGAGUUUAUUUGGGGUGAAGAUUGCUUGGAAUUCAAGCCUGAAAGGUGGCUAUCUUCUGAUGGCAAAAAAAUGGAGUUACAAGACUCUUACAAGUUUGUUGCCUUCAAUGGCGGUCCAAGAAUUUGUUUGGGAAAAGAUUUGGCUUACCUGCAGAUGAAGUCAAUUGCCGCGGCAGUGUUGUUGAGGCAUCGGCUCACGGUGGUUCCUGGCCACCAGGUUGAGCAAAAGAUGUCGUUGACAUUGUUCAUGAAGUAUGGGCUCAAGGUUAGUGUGCACCCGAGAAAUUUGAAGCCUGUGCUGGAGAAAAUGUGCAAGGGUGAUAGUGACUCAUGGAGUAAAGAAUCUAAAGAUCAUGUCAUCUCCAAUGGUAAAUGUGAUGGGGUGCUUAAAGUGGCUGCUGUUGCUUGAGAGGGCUUGGUUGGUUUUCAGAAAAUUAUCAAGCCUGUGAAUAUGAUGCUUACUGCAGUACUUAAUAAUAGUAUUAAUAAUGAUUAAGAGGUUAAUCAGAGCGAUUUAGAAUGCAUGAAAUAAAUGCUAGCUAAUAACCAUAUUAACCAUAUUAAGCUAGAGGUUAAUAUGGUGCAUUUUAUAUAUGUACUAUACGUUAUGCAUACUAUCAGAUGAGGAAUGAAGAACUAAAUGUUGUGUUUAAA